AUGGGAUGCCGCUUCCCAGGCGAAGCCAGCACUCCCUCCAAGCUCUGGAACCUCCUGUCCAACCCGCGCGACGUUGCCCGCGACAUCCCCACUACUCGAUUCAACCUCGGCCGCUUCUACCACCCAACCGGCAGUCACCACGGGACCACCAACAUCCGCCAGGCCUAUCUGCUCACAGAAGACGUGCGCGAGUUUGACGCAAAGUUUUUCUCCAUACCCCCUGGUGAAGCCGAGGCGAUUGACCCGCAGCAACGCCUCCUUCUCGAAGUGGCUUAUGAGGCCCUCGAAUCCUCAGGUCAUACAAUCGCCCAACUGUCAAACACGAACACAGGGGUCUUUGUCGGCCUCAUGUCCCAGGAUUACUUUGCGCUCAAUGGACAGGAUGUGAAUGCGGUGCCGACAUAUGCUGCGUCUGGAACGGCGGCCAGUAAUGCCUCCAGCCGACUCUCUUACUUCUUCAAUUGGCAUGGCCCAUCUAUGACAAUAGACACCGCCUGCUCAUCAAGCCUGGUUGCCGUGAAUGAAGCAGUCCAGGCCCUUCGGAACGGUACCAGUCGCGUUGCAUUAGCAUGCGGAACCAACCUGUGUUUGUCGGCAUUUACGUUCAUUACAUUGAGUAAACUGAGUAUGUUAUCGCCGACCUCUAGAUGUCACAUGUGGGAUGUAGACGCAGAUGGCUACGCCCGAGGCGAAGGCGUUGCUUGCGUUGUUCUCAAAACACUACGUGAUGCAAUUGCAGACGGCGACCAGAUAGAAGCCGUCAUUCGAGAAAUAGGUGUGAACCACGAUGGGAGAACGAAGGGUUUGACGAUGCCCAGUGCUACGGCACAGGCGGCCCUCAUUAGAGAUACUUAUGCUCGCGCUGGGUUAGACCCUACGAAGGAGGAAGAUCGGUGUCAGUACUUCGAAGCACAUGGCACAGGAACUAAAGCUGGAGAUCCCCAAGAGGCAGAAGCCCUGAUGCGGGCUUUUUUCCCCGAAAGUGAUACAAAGGGUGAACUUUUCGUCGGGUCUAUCAAGACGGUGGUCGGCCACACUGAGGGCACAGCAGGGUUGGCAGGGCUCAUGAAGGCUUGCCUCGCUCUUCGCCAUGCAACAAUUCCCCCUAAUCUACUGUUCAACAAAUUGAACCCCGACCUUGAACCUUUCACAAGCCACCUUCAUGUUCCGACAGCCAGUCACUCCUGGCCUAAACUGCCGUAUGGCGUACCCCGAAGGGCUAGCGUCAACAGCUUCGGCUUCGGAGGAACCAACGCGCAUUGCAUUUUAGAAACAUACGGUGGUCCGCGCUUUACUGACCCUGCCCCAGCACCAGAGGGGGCCUUGCCAACGCCAUGCUGUAUCCCCACCGUUUUCUCUGCAGCAUCCGAUCUAUCUUUGAAAGAUCUCCUCCACGCUACAUUGGCAUACCUGGACGAUAACACAGAAGUCAACAUCUGUCAGCUGGCAUACCACAUGGCCAGUAAACGAUCUGCCCUCCCGCGCAGGCUCGCAUUGUCUGCUGCUUCUAUUGAUGAUCUUCGUGGAAAAAUCAGAGCCACAUUGGAAACUCCUUCGAAAGAAGACAUCAAUAUACCCUCAAUUUCAAUUUCAAACUUACCUGGAACUGCUUCAUUGCUCGGCGUUUUCACUGGCCAGGGAGCUCAGUGGCAAGGAAUGGGUUCCCAGCUUAUAUCAUCGAUCCCACUGGCCCAUGCACUGACCGACGGUACUAUGUCUAUUGGUGAAGCCUCUCUUUCUCAACCUCUCUGCACUGCGGUCCAGAUCAUCAUGGUUGAUCUUUUGCAAGCUGCAGGAAUCAAGUUUCGGGCCGUUGUUGGACAUUCGUCAGGAGAAACAGCUGCUGCGUACGCGGCGGGCUUUAUUACCGCAUGGGAUGCCAUUCGUAUCGCAUACUACCGGGGAUUCUAUGCUAAAUUAGCAGCCGGGCCUAUGGGAGAAAAGGGUGCAAUACUGGCAGCUGGGACGACUUACGAAGAUGCCAGUGAGCUUUGCCAGCUUGAUGACUUCAACGGAAGGAUAUGCGUGGCUGCCCAUAACUCCCCUACCAGCGUGACUCUCUCGGGGGAUCUUGACGCCAUUACCCAGGCACAGGCGGUGCUUGAAGAGGAGGAGAAAUUCGCCCGAGUCCUGAAGGUUGAUAACGCGUACCACUCGGCUCACAUGUUCAAGUGCGCUACGCCGUACCUUGCCGCAUUGAAAAGCUGCAAUAUACAAGUCCAACAACCUGAGCUGAGUGCACCACUGUGGUUCAGUAGUGUUCGGAAGGAUCAGGUCAUCAGUUCUCUGGAAGGUCUGGACGGCCAAUACUGGGUUGAUAACAUGGUCCAGCCCGUACUUUUCUAUCCGGCAGUAGAAGCUAGCUUGAGCUAUGAGGCUGUGGAGCAUGUCAUCAACUGUGGCGUAGAGGUUGGACCACAUCCUGCUCUGCAGGGUCCUGUAAAGGACUCCAUUCUUGCGGCUGUGAAGCAGGAAAUCCCAUAUACAGGCACAUUGAGCAGGGAGUCUAGUGCAGUGGCAUUUUCAGAGGCACUUGGGUUUCUUUGGGGUCUGUUUGGCCCGACCUUUGUGAAGCUUGGAGCUUUCCAGCAGAUCAAUUUCCCGGAUACGCCAACUGGGAUGAUCCGCGGUCUCCCCGCUUACCAAUGGACUCAUGACAGGGGAUACUUCGCCGAAUCGAGACUCAUUAAAACCUUCCACAGCCAUCCAGUGCCAUUUCAUGACUUACUAGGUAUUCAAACGGCCGAUGGUGCAACGGAGGAAUGGCGACCAGUACAAACAAUUGACCUCUUCGACCUUGAAAUUCGCAAGGCCAUCGCGAUUCAUGACUCAACGGGCACUGAGCUCCUCACGUCAAUGACCAAGGUGUCUACCGUCGACACAGACUCGUCAGUAAUUACUGCCGACUUUGCGGCCUACUCAACCAUAAGCAAAGACGCCGCGAAUCUUGCACUCAACUGCUGCGGUCGCGUUCGGCUCCUGCUUGGGGAGGGUGAGGAUUCAAGAUCUCACUUCUCACCUAGAUCUCCCCCACUUGGAAAGCUCACCGCAGUAGAUGUGGAAACCUUCUACAAGAUCCUAAGAGAUGAUUUUGGGUUCGGAUAUGAGGGUCCCUUCCGCGCGCUCUCCAAUGUAUCCCGCAAAGCAGGAUUCGCGACGGGAACAAUCCGGUGCGAAGGCUUUGGCGAUUCCGAAACACCUCUACUUUUCCAUCCCGGUAUGCUUGAUAGUGCUUUGCAGGGCCUAAAUGCCGCUCAUAGUGCCCCUGGAGAUGGCCGUCUUUGGGCGAUUGUGGCGCCGACCUUCUGCCGUCGAAUCUCGAUCAUUCCAGGAUAUUGCGGCAGGAACAUGACAGACAGUGUCGAAAUUGACUGUACCAUUACUGAUCCCCGGGAUACUCAUGUUACUGGUGAUGUGGAGGUCUUCUCAGAGGGCUUCAAGGAGAAGAUCAUCGAGGUUGAGGGGCUCACAUUCUCCCCGUUUGCCGGGGCGACUGCAGAAGACGAUCGAUAUCUCUUUCAGGAAUCAUUCCUGUGCCUUGAUAAGCCAAACGCCGAUAUUAUAUUUGGGGAUAGACAAGCGACUCCCGAGGAGAGUAGGAAAGCCCUCGACGCUGAGCGCGCGGCCCCUGAAGAACGCGAAACCCUCCCUUGGUAUCGACAGGCUUUGCUCAAAAAUGCUGAGAGGCUGUUUCAUAUUGUCAAUGACGGGAGACAUCCCUUCGCCCCGCGAUCCUGGUUGAAUGAUACCCGUGACGAUAUCUUUAUUAUGAUGAACAGUUAUCCCCCAACAGAUGCCGAUUUCAACCUGACCAAGGCAGUUGGGGAACAUCUUCUUCAGCCUUCAGUGCUUAAUGGAGAGACCAGCAUCCUGCAAUACAUGACUAAAGACAAUUAUCUUGAGCAGUAUUAUGUGAAUGCCAUUGGGUUCCAGUUGCUGAACUUCUUGAUCGCCGGAGUGAUGGACCAACUUUGCCUGAAGUCGCCCCGAAUGAACUUCCUUGAAGUUGGCGCCGGAACUGGGGGCGCUACCAAGGCCAUCCUGGAAAAGAUUGGGAAUUCGUAUGCUUCCUAUACAUACACAGAUAUCUCUAGUGCCUUUUUCGGUCAUGCUGCAGACAACUUCCAAUCGCACGUCGGCAAAAUGAUCUUCAAGACAUUAGACAUUACAAAGGACCCCGCGGCACAGGACUUCAAACCCCAGAGCUACGACGUUGUCAUUGCCUCUAAUGUCUUACAUGCAACUGAGUCGUUGAAAAACGCCCUUGAACAUACUAGAAAGCUCCUGCGGCCUGGUGGUUACCUUGUAAUGGUUGAGAUCAUUCGUAACGACGUGAUGCGCCACGGUCUUGUCAUGGGUGGUCUCCCGGGGUGGUGGAUCGGCGAGAAUGAUGGUCGCUACGGAGGCCCGAGCAUUACGUUGGGUGAAUGGGAUACUAUCCUUCGAGAGACAGGCUUCACUGGUAUCGAGACCAAUUCCCCAUUGCGGGACCCUGUGGGCGUGCCCGGAUCUAUCAUUGUUUCUCGGGCUCAAAAUGAUCUCAUCAGCCGAUUGAGCAGGCCUCUUAGCUCCAAGCCCAAUACAGUGACAGACAAGGCUCCACUACUGGUUUUAGGUGGUAGCAGCCCCCUUGUAUCGCCAUUCAGGGACCAGCUCUGUCUCCGCCUGAGGCCACAGUUUACGGAUAUUAUCAAAGUCGACCUGGCAGCUGAUUUACCGCCGCUCCCUGAGAACUUCCACGUCCUAAGUCUGACUGAGUGUGACACAAACUUGUUUGAAGACUUGAAGGAGUCUGUCUUUUCGAACCUUAAGCUUGUUCUGGCGUCCGCAUUGAGUGUUUUGUGGCUGCUGAAAGAACGUCGUUCAAACAAUCCUCAUGCCGGUACCACACUUGGUCUUUUCAGGACGCUUUUUUAUGAGGUCCCGGGGACCUUAUUACAGACCCUAGAUAUUGAAGCAGUCGAUAUGCAUGAUUGUUCAAUAAUCGCAACGUCGGUGUGCCAGCUCAAGCUUCAGUCCGACCUAGCCAGACGGGGUCAGACGGAUGAGUUACUCUGGGAGUUCGAACCUGAACUGGUACUCAAGAAUCACCAGCUUCAUGUCCCAAGGGUGCGCCCGCAUGCUGAGCAGAACAACAGAUACAACUCGUCCAAGCGAGCGAUCAGCCAGAUUAUGGAUGUUGAUACGACACCCCUGGUUCUAGAUUUCGUCGAUGGAUCCUACGUGGUACGGGAACAGCAUCUCAUGGAGACAGACUUGAUCGACCAUGUUACUGUUGCUGUGUCGUGCUCUUUCUUGUCGUCAAUAAAGACCCCAGUUGGAUAUGUAUUCGUUGGUCUUGGUGAAGACGUAGAGACAGGGGAAAAGACACUUUAUUUCUCCAGUCGCAAUGAAUCCAUCAUCAAGGUCCCCAAGUCCUGGACGAUAUCAAUUGGUGAGGUCGAGCCAGAUCCGGUUGCCGCAUCAUUGUUAUCCCAGCAGUUGAGUAGGCUCGGCAGGAAGGCUCUGUUUCUCACUUGUAGUCCUGAGAUGUCCGCCAGAAACUGGGUAUACCUUCAUCCAAACAGCACGCAGCGAACCAUAAAUGCUCUCCUACCAUCCGACAUUACUUUAUAUAUCGACGCCUCGGGGGCUGAGGAUUCCAGUUUCCAAAGCCUCGGGUCCAAGAUUGGAAACUCCCUAACAUCGGUUUGUCACAAGGUUAGUAUGUCUAGCCUAACUGCAUCGGAAGCAUGUAGGCUUCCGCAUGAUGCACCUAAAGCCAUAACGGAUCUGCUUUGUCGCGUCGCCUCUUUCGCUUCCUCCUUGCUAUCCGCACAAGCAACUCCCGAGGGCGCACCACUUGACAUCUUGCCAUUGAGCCGGGAUCAAUACGUACCGGUCUCUGUUCAGCCAGUUCUACAACGUGGUGAUCUGUUCCGUCCUGAUCGCACCUAUUGGCUGGCCGGUCUUGCCGGAGACACUGGCCGGUCCCUGGCCGACUUUAUGGUCGCCCAUAAUGCCCGGAAUGUUGUCCUAAGCAGUCGUAAUCCAAUUGUUGAUGAGGACUGGGUGCAAUGGCACAAGACAAGAGGUGCCACAGUUAAAUAUUUUGCAGGGGAUAUCACUAGUUUCGAAUCAAUGAGACAGAUUCGCGACACCAUCAAGGACUCGAUGCCUCCAAUUGGGGGCGUUGCGAACGGCGCCAUGGUUCUUCGAGACAGUUCCUUCAUGAACAUGAGCUUCGAUGAUUUCCAAGCAGUCUUGGGACCCAAGGUCCUAGGCACGGUUAACCUCGAUCGGCUCUUUUCUAAUCCUAAACAUCCCCUUGACUGGUUUAUCGGUUUUAGCUCAGUUGCUGCUACCGUGGGUAACCCAGGACAGUCUGCAUACACGGCCGGAAAUUCCUUCAUCAAGGGCCUUGUCGACUGGCGCCGCAAACAAGGCCUAGCUGGAUCGGUCAUUGACAUCACUCGGCUAGUCGGUCUGGGCUUCAUUGAGCGUGAAAGUCAUGGUCGCCUGACAAAGGAGUACCAAGAGCGUUUGACUACGCGGUCGGGGGUUAUUGCGAUGAGUGAGAACGACCUGCACCAGUUAUUUGCAGAGGCGAUCCUGUCUGGACGGCCAAGCCUCGGUCGCAACCCGGAGAUCAUUACCGGUCUAUCACCCAUAACCGUUGAGCAGUCGAAGGAUGCAUACUGGAAGACCAAUGCCAGGUUAUCGCUGUUAAUCAGGGAGGUAGGACACGGAGAAACACAGGGUGGAGAGAAGGGGAACGCAGUUCCUCUCCGACAGCUGCUAGAAGCGGCCACGACGAUACAAGACGCAGCAAAGGUACUUUCCUGUGCCUUUAAAGGAAAGCUGCAAGCGUUGAAAUUUGUGUCGGAUUCCGACAGUUUGUACGACACCACGCCACUUGUAGAUAUGGGUGUCGACAGUCUGGUGGCGGUAGAAGUAAGGUCUUGGUUCUUGAAGGAGCUCGCAGUGGAUGUGCCGGUCAUGAAGAUUCUCGGUGGCGCCUCCAUCGUGGACUUGGUGGAAGUUGUCGUGCAAAAGCUUCCCCAGGAGCUCUUAUGUCGGUUGGAUCCCGAAGGCCAUCAGUGCGAGAACAGCAAUGACGAUGCGCUAGCCACUCCCCUCAACAAAGUCUCCACAAACGAAGUGGCACCAGAUUCCAAUGAACCUAUCAGCGCUCGCAGUGUUGUGGACAGUGAUGCCAAUGGUGUCAACAGCACUCAUGAAACUCAUUUGGGUGGUAACACGAACAACUCUGGAACCAACAGUGCCCUAAUCAUUGAGGACACGCUGGAUCACAAAGACUUAAAUGGCACAGUUUCAAUCACUAUCAGAACACAGGAGGUGGUCUGA